CAUCCCCCUUUUACCCCCUUCCUGUCCAGGCCAAUUUUCAGCUUUCAGCGCUAUCACACUUUGAAUGACAAUUGCGCGGUCAUGCAACACUGUACCCAGAUGAAUUUUUUACCAUUUUUUUUAGACAGAUAAAACUUUAUUUUGGUGGUAUUUAUUCACCGCUGGGAUUUUAAUUUUUAUUGCUAUAUAAAUGAAAAAGUCAAAAAAAAAAAGUGUUUUUCUUAUAACAUUUUGCAAAUAAAUAAUAUUUCAUCAUAAAUCUUGGUCAAAAUUUAUUCUGCUACAUUUCUUUGGUGAAAAUAAUAAAAAUAAUAAUAUUUAAU